AUGCGAUUCUCAUCCUUAUUCGCACUCACCGCUCUACCCCUCACUCUCGCCAAAUCACCUCAAUCGCAACAACCGCUCCAAGUCUACUUGUACCCUACUCCAUCAACUCAGAAUCAAGAUCCAUCGUUGUCCGUGCCUACCCUAUCAGCCGAUCAGGCUAAAGCAGUCUUAUCGCAUCAUCUUGGAGUACCGUUGAAUGAUUUCGAUGAGAUUCCCAAUGAUGAAGGUCUUUGGUCCCAUCUCAUGAGUCUUUGGGAUGGUCCUGCCGCCACGGGAAGUAAGGCGAGAGUAGUGGUGAUUGAUGGUGGUGUAGAUUCUCAAGAUGUUUUACCUACCACUUUAUCCCAACAACCUUCUUUCUACCUCAAAGAUGAUUUGACCACUUCCAACUUACUUUCACCAUAUAUGGAACAAGCCAAGACGUUGCUUGAUAAUAUAUUGAAUGAAUUGCCAGAUGUCGUUAAAGGUUUCAAAGAUGUGUUUGAGAUGGCAGGAACCAAAGCCGCUUCGAUCCUUGGUCACGAACUUUCAUGCCUGACCGCUCUGGCCGAUUCGAUCCCCUGGAUCAACAAAAACCACGGCUCAUACCCCUGGGAAGCAAUUACCAUCUCGGGCUUGAAGGAUGUACGAAAAGGUGAUGAGGUCUGGGAGAAUGGUAGAUUGGGGGUCAAAGCUGGACUUGAGUCUAUGACUCAACCCACUUCCCCUCCUCUCCUACUUAUAAUCCGACCUUCGUCCUCAUCCACCCAUCUCACUUCAAGAUCCAUACCUACCACCCUCCAGUCCAGGGCCAAGAACACCACCGACUUGGCAGAAGCCUGUUAUACAUCCAACGAAAAUUGCUCGGAAUCCACUUCAUGCAAUGGCAGAGGUAUCUGCGCUUUGAAAGGCAAAUCAGAUAAAGGUGAAUGUUGGGGAUGUAAGUGUAGAGAUGGAUAUGCUGGAGUGGAAUGUCAGAAGGAUGACUAUUCAACCCCAUUCAUCAUCCUCAUCUUCUCCACUGUCCUCCUGGUAGUUGUCGCAGUAGGAUCGAUCGGACUCUUGUACACCGUCGGUGAAACUAAAUUACCAUCCACUUUGACUCUGGCUGUGGGAGGUGGAGCGAUGAAGAGGGAUUAG